CUCACUAGAGGGAUGAAAGAAUAUCGCCCAAUGGUGCCUCCACUGAUGUAGAUGGGGGGUAAAACCACUCCUCCUGUUCCGAAGAUGACUGAGUCAAACUCAGGAUUGUAGAGUAGAAAAUUAUUCUUUAUUACAAUAAGUUUAAAAAUAAAUAUAAAAGCAUAAGCUUUUAUGGUUCCAGGUCCUAUGCGUUUCGUCCAUAAAGGACUUCCUCAGGAACCUCCUGGUAUAAAAAUUAGUAACCGCAAUAACAAUUACAAAAAUAAGCAGUAUGCACACAUUUACACAUUUUUGCACACUCACAUCAUUUUAUUUAUUGCUCCCUACCUUUGGGAGUUGGUGUGUGGCCUCUCCCUGAUCUUCUUUUGGCCAGGUAAUUUUGGCAGAGUAGGCACCUGCAAUGUAGGGCGAGCAGGUGCCUACUCUGCUUUAGUAAGCAUGGUAAACUCAUGGCUCGCUGGGCUCCAAAAAUAUUCAUUGUAGGCCGCGGGUUUGAAAUGCUUGAUGUAGAGCAUCAGCAAGGAUUGGACAUAACCUAGAUAAUCAGUGAUUUGCAAUGACAUGUACCCACCUCUCUGCUGGUCUAGUGGUCAGAUAUUUUGCUGAAAAAAAACUAAUAAAUUUGGUUUAGCGGUUGUUCUAUUGGGUUUUCAAUGAGCUAUCAAUAUUAGGGAAUUUCAUUACAAAUGUAUAUUGCAUGCAAUGUUUAAACAAAGCUAAACUGCAAAUCUGCAUUUACUAGAGUAUACGACUUAUAUUUACCCAAUUUUGUUUUAGAGAUCUACAGGAUGCCUUAGUAAUUUUGCAAUUGUAUGAGAAGAUUAAAGUUCCCGUUGACUGGAAUAAAGUGAACAAGCCACCAUAUCCUAAACUUGGGGCAAAUAUGAAAAAGGUAAAUAGACACAUUGAUGCAGAUUUUUAAUGCUCCGAGGUGAGAUAACAUUAAAUCGCGGGGAUAUUGUUUAUGUUCAAUGUCUUGCUGAGAAUUUGUUUUAAGAUGAUGUCCUUUUAACCUUCAGCUUGAGAACUGCAACUAUGCAGUUGACUUGGGGAAGCAUCCUGCUAAGUUCUCUCUUGUGGGGAUUGGAGGUCAGGAUCUGAAUGAUGGAAAUCCAACACUGACCUUGGCCUUGGUCUGGCAACUGAUGAGACGGUGAGCAUUUCUGCAUGCAAAGUAGUUUAACACGGUUUGCACACAGUUUUAAUCGGAAUAUCUUUUUCUGUAAAACAGCGUUUAUUAUUAUUAUGCUUUAAGCUAAAAAAGCUUUGAUCAAACAUAAUUUUACACAAGAAGACAAUGGACUCAAGUCCAAUAUUUUGCCUAGAUCUGUAAAGAUUAGAUGAGCAGUUGUAUUAUGUCUCUGCUUAGUUAAUAAGUGUUUAAAUUGUUACAUGAUCACUAAAAAUGUGUUACAUAUUUAAUCAAACGAGCCACACAUAGUUCUAUAAGUAAUGCUUAAACAGUUUUAUCAAGACCCUAGUUUGUAGCAGGUUUAGUUCUUAUCAUAUCUUAAUGAGGUAUUUUUUGGACAGAUGGCAACAUUGUACUUCUCAAAGUCCUUUGAAAUGUCUAAUGUUACAGACAAUCUUGACUCUCAUGCAGCUAGAUUUUCUCCUCUUUAUGUUUACUAGUAUCUGUUUUUAAAGCGAAGAUAACUGAAAAUGAUAUUGACAAGUCACAAUAAAUUGCUAGCUGGUGCGCUAUCUGCAAGUAAUGCAAAUUGAAAGAAUGAUAGGUGAUCAUAACAUGAGUUUUUGUUUAUGUAACUUUUUCAUUUUUUACCUUUGUUGUUGAAAUAUGUAGUUGUAUAUGUAAUUAGGUUUUUUCCUGUCUUUCUUAUGCCUCUCUUCUUAUAAUUAGUCAAAGGCAUUCUAUGAAGAAACAGUAAAAAGUAAGAAUAAAAAGCUGGACAGACAGCAAAUAUCACCUGAAUAAAGAACUAGGAAACUUUCAUUAAAGGGAAGUUCUAGUUUAAAGGUGCAUUUCUGCAAUGCCAUGCAGAUAAGGUUAGAAACUGAAAUCAGAACUUAAACUCGCUUAGAUGGAUCGUGUCCAAAUAUGUAAUCUGACAAAGUUUAUACUAGCUUUUAUAAAUGUGUUUUUUUUUUUUGUUUGUUUUACGUACUAUUCAAUGUUUUCCUUGCUUUAUUUUGGUUUGUUAAUGUAUUUUAAACUAUUUGUUUGCUUGCUAGUUUAAAAAAAAAUAAAAAAAUUUGUGUCUCUUUAAACUAGUAUAGUGUACAAUCAAACUAUUGAAGUGAUGGUUAAACCUUUUGGUUCUUCACUUUAGGUACACACUCAAUAUGCUGGAGGGCCUGGGUGAUGGCCAGAAAGCAAAUGAUGACAUAAUUGUAAAUUGGGUGAAUAGUUCAUUAGCUGAAGCUGGGAAGACCACCUCUAUUCAGAGUUUUAAGGUAAAAAAAAACAAAACAUGUUUCUAAAUCAUACAUGGUUUGAGUAAGAUCAAUCUGCAUAAUGUGGUGUCAAAUUACAGAAAUUAUAAAUAUGUAUUUCUUUUCCUGUCUUCUAAAAUUAUUUUUAAUUCAGGAGAUGACACAAUGGCUUUGAGAUUGAGAGCGGUCUAUUUCAGUAGUCUGUGUUUUUCAGGCUACGAAUUAACAAAUAAAUAUUGAGUCAGUAAUGAUCGUUCUGUCACUUAUGGCCGUGGACUACAUUUCCCAUAAUCCUUGACUCUUGGAAAUGGCAUUCAAAAACGUAUGCCGUACUAGGUUUAGCCAGCAAUGUAUUAGGAGAUAUUUGAUAAUUGCCUCCUUAACUAGCAUAUUUAGAUAUCUUUGGAUAAAUGUCUUUUGCUCUUUUUUGCGAUAAUUUGAGAUGAUGUGAAAAUUUGGAACAUAAAACUUAAUCUUGUAGUUAUUAAAUACACUUUCAUGCUAAUUCACCAAUCUAUUAGUAUAUAUUAUUAGUGAUUGAGAUGAACAUUAGAUUGCGGGAUUAUGCACAUAAAUCCAUUUAAAUCGAUUUAGAAAUGUUUUCUCCAAAAACAAUUAUCAAUUUAUUUUCCUCAUUAUUUGUUUUAUUGGUAAUCAAGACAUGCAAUAUCACACAUUUUUUUUUCCUUUUGUAGGACAAAACAAUCUCCACCAGUUUAGCAGUAGUGGAUCUGAUCGAUGCCAUUCAACCUGGAUGUAUUAAUUAUGAACUUGUAAAGACUGGCGAUCUUACUGAUGAAGACAAGCAUGAGAAUGCCAAGUAAGUUUCCAACAAUGUUCCCUGCAUAAAACCAUAUAGUUAAUCUGUUCCCAUGCAAUUUUGGUUUGUCCUUGGCCACACUUUGGCAGAUCAACCAUAAUGCUAUAGAAAGUUUACACUCUUUUGAUAUCAAUUUGAAUAGAUUUUAUUAGUGUGUUUUUUUUUUUUUGUUUUUUUUUUUGCUGACUAUAGCAAGUAACCACCAUUUGAAGACGUUGUGCUUUGACUCCUUUUUUUUUUUUUUUUUUAAGGGAAUUAACCAUUUUUGAUUGCUACAUCUCUUCCAUUGGGGUUUUGCUUCCUAAUAUGGGGCUUGUUGAAAUCACACCUUAAAGAAACACUCCAUGCACCAUAACGAGUGCAGUGCAAUGUAGUAGUUCUAGUGCUGGAAUGCACUGGCACAUUACCUCCCUCUAUUGCAACUAGCCAAAUUGUUUUAGAAUGGUUUUACCCCGGGUCUACUGGGAGCUGCUCACUGCCACCACUUCUUCAGGCAGAGAAAAAGAUGGAAGAUCUCUGUCUGACCUAAGUCCAGUAGGUGUAAACUAUUUUUACUACUUACAAAAGGCGGGUGCCAGGAUGUGUUAUAGUGGCUAUAGUGCUUGGAGUCUUCUUUUAAAUUGCCAAUCUGGGCUUCUAUAUAUCAUAGUUUGUCCAACGUUUGGCAGAACUUGUAAAUCCAAAUAACCUCAUGGGUCUUUUAACAUCCCCCGAUCUUGUGUUUAAUUGAGUUGACUUUGCUUCUUUUUUUUUUUUCCCUCUCCUGUCCUAUUCAAUGGAUAACAUUCUCAUUUUCCUCCUACAAGAUAUGCAGUGUCUAUGGCGAGACGUAUUGGUGCAAGAGUAUAUGCUCUUCCAGAGGACCUUGUAGAAGUGAAACCCAAGAUGGUCAUGAUAGUGUUUGCCUGCUUGAUGGGACGAGGGAUGAAGAAAGCAUAAAUUUGACAUUCCAGAUUGGAGGAAGAGUGUGAACCCCCCCCACCCUGAAUAUAUAUUACCAUUUUAUCAGCCCCACACCUAGUUCUACAUUGGGUGUAAGGGUUGCUAAAUGUGGCAAGACUUUCAGGUGUUCCUAGCAACAUUAGAAACCUCCCAAUCCUCAGGAAGAAGCGCUGUAAAGCCACAAGUGCUCUCUUUCCGGUUGACCAUUCAAGUUCACACCGAAAUGCAUUCAUGCUUUGGACUGUUUGGCUUUUCCCGGUUAUAUCAUUUUUGCUGUUCUACGAAACCGUCAAUGUAUUGCAGAGCUUUGUGAUGCAAACAUAUGCUGCAGAAAAUGGGGUAUAAAAACUGGAGAACUCCCAAUAGGUUUUAUUUUCUGGUACUGCAGCUAUAUUUUCAUAAGGUGAUAGAAUUUAUAACCCAUAUCUCUCAUUCUUGUCUAGUUAAAAUAAUAUACAUCAUCAUGUCUGUGGCUUUUUUUUUUUUUUUUUGAAAUAAAUCUGAUGGGUAAACACAGACCUAUUUUUUAUUUUUAUUGCUUUUCUACUUGAGGGGUGUAUUUUUGUAACCGAAACAGGCCAUCAUGUUCUCCUGAGCAAAUGGAUUCUGCUGUUUCAUUGGGUUGUUUGCUAGCAUUCUAAAACACUACAACUAUAGUCCGUUUUCCCUCUAAGGCGAGUAUCUCAGGCUGGAAAUGGUUCAAAUAAUUUCUUAUGACAAAAUCUACAGAACAUGCUUGCCUGCAUAUCUUCUGCAACUGCAGUGUGAUUUUUAUUUUAUUUUUUCCGGAUGACUUUAUUGAUAAUUAUUUCAGCUCUGGAUGGCUCACCUUAGAGGGAUUACUGCCUUUGAAUUUAAAUGCUUGAUUAAAAGUGGCGUGCAAAGUGCUGAAAGGCUUACAGGACCCGGCUAUUUACUCUUAGAAUAGUAUGGGAACAUACAAACAUAGCAUACAUGUGGCUCAGUUAUGUUUAAUAUUGUGUAUCAACCGCUGCCAUCAUUUUUUCUGACUUCUAUAAUUUGCAAUCUGGUAUUGCUUAAACACCAAAAUAAAACCACUAAAAGGGAGGUGUGUUUUUUUUGUGUGUGUUGUGACUAGUAAAUGUCUGCCAAAUGUCUGUUAAUACAUAUUGCAUGCAGUGUUCUCAUGAACCAAAAAAAAGAACCACUGGGGUCUAUACACUAAAUAACAAAUUGUUAAAGUGGUUGGAAAGUUCUGAUUUGAAAUAAGCCUUCCACUCUGCACAGCAUAGCUAUUUUACGCUAGUUGUUACGGUUUUGGUUAAAGUUGACCAAUUUACCAUUUAUUGAAUAAACCCCAUUGUCGUGCUUCUGUGUGAAAGAACGGUGAAUUGGCUUCCCCAUACAGGUUUAUUUUGCUGAUGUUGUUCCAGUGAAAUCGGAUAAUUGCAAAAGUAUACACUUGGGACAGAUAUAUGGUGCAUUUUAUGGGAGAUAUUAUCUAGAUCAGGGGUUCUCAACCCAGUCCUCAAGGACCCCCGACCUGUCCAGGAUUUAUGGAUUACCCUGCUGUGUCUAAUGUGUUUUUAGGUGGAGCGGGGGGAAACAAACACUUUAGACACAACAGGGUAAUCUCUAAAUCCUGGACUGGUAAGGGGUCCUUGAGGACUGGGUUGAGAACCCCUGAUCUAGAUCUUUUUACUUUUUAGAACUUGUCUCAAGGGAAUUCCUGCUACAUUUUAGUUACCAUUAAAUGGUAUAGCAGGUGUAUUGGGUUUUACAUAGAGGAGUGAUUAUCAUACUAUUAGAGUGUACCGUGGAAGAAUUCGGGUUAGUUAAGCACAUAUAUUGUUUUGUAACUUAAACCAGUGGUUAACUUGAAAAUGGUCUGUUGCUAGGUAAUCCACAAAUUGGCACACACUGCAAAUAUUUGUUCCAGGGUGGUCAAACCAUCAUGUAUUUUAAGAACACUUAGAACAAAUACACAAUUCAGCUAUAUUUGCUUGUGGGUUUUCCGAAAUAACAUCAUGGAACCUGAAAAGGCAUACAUUCAGCGAUGGCUAGGAUAUUUGCAUAAAAAAUAAAGGCUAGAUGUGUUUCAAAAAUGUUUCAUGGUCCUUCUUAAAAAUUGGAUAAUGUCAAUAGUAUGUAGAAAUUAUAUAGCAUAUUCUAUUCCAUACCAUUUUGAAUUCUUCCGAGAGGGUUGAUAUAAGUAGGAACUUGACAAGAACCUCUGUUCCAUCCUGGCAUUUUCCUCAAACAUCGACAUUCCCCCAAUCUAGACUGAGUGGAAGAUCUCCACUAAAAAUAAACAGAAAUGUAUCCAAAUGUAAUGGUGGACUGACAUUUAGAUGCCUAGUUUAGAGGAGAAGAUGCUGUUCCUUUAAUUAUGUAACCUACUUAAAUUAAUGGGAUUUUAAAUAUAUUUUUUCUUUUUGGUCCACACACACCUUCAGUUUGAGUAAAUGGUCUACUAGAUGUAUCAUAAUCUACGUGUAAAUGAUAUACUUCAGUUUUAUCUUUUUUGUUUUUUUGUUGUUCUUGAGAUUCUAAUGGUUGUCUAAAUGUUUAGCAGUAAAACCUUUCAGCCAAUUUAAUUUGUCUAAAAUUCUUUCAUCUCUAACUUUGUUCCAAACAUGAAUACAGGACAUAUAUAGAUUUGUUUUGUAUAAGGCUUGCAAGCAUUUAGUAUUUUUGUAAGUUAACAUUUUUUAUUUAAAGUUUGUAUUGGCUAUAAAACAUUCCUGUUUUAUCUGGGAUUGCUGGUUUCAAGCCAGAGAACAUAGACUGCACACGGCCAUAUUUUCUUCGCAUCUGAAAAGAUAAAACAAGCACCAAAGGAUUAACAUUUUUAUUCAAACAUUUUGCAAUAGCUUUGGCAAGCGGUUUGCUUGAUUUUAAGAUCAUGCUGCUAUUUUAACCUGUUCAAAAAGAUAUGGUGGCAAAGCAAAAUUCUAAUAAAAAAAAACAUAAAUCUAUUUCAAUGUGCUUUUGUGUAUUUUUUAGGUUGAGAUAAAAGUAGUUUGGCGUUUUGUUACCUUAACUUCUUACCUUAAAGGGACUCUCCAGAUUGGAUUUAACCCACCACUCUUUAGUGUCACGUGCAUACCAAUAUACCUAAAUAUAGGCCAAAAAUAAAUUUAUAAUCAAAAACACAUAUUAGAAGGUGACUCAGCCACUAUGAUGUUCAGUUAAUAUUCUGUAGAAUUGCCGAGUGUCUUCCAUAAAUCUCUGCAACAGAGAACAGUUUUAUGGGCACAGCAGGGAAGUUAUAACAUUCUGCAUAGCUGCAUUCUUGGAGAAUCAAAAAGAAACCAUGCAUGUUGAGAGGGAGGGACAAAAAGGUUAGGCUUAUGGAGCACUAUUUUUUUUUAUUUUGAUAGUAGUGAAAAGAGAAUCAAAACCUAAAAGUCUAAUAAAAACACAUCCAAAAUUACCUACCCUACGCAUGGCACCUAAUUUGUGGGUGUCAGAAGUAUCCUCUUGUAUUACAUCGUAAGAUUUUAUAAAGCAAAGAUUGGAACAUCUUUAAAUCACGUGCCACAAAACGUAUCUGGGUUUGGAAGGAUACUCCAUUUAUUUAAUGCAGGGAAAAUUAAAAACUUGACUGAAACUCCUCACAGUCCUAUGUAUACAGAUCUAAAAUACCAUAGGGAAAUGUGACAUUAUUAUUGCACGCCAGUCAUAACUAGUUCAUAACACUAGGUUAGCGCAUUUGAGUGCUAUAUUGCUGCAGACAAUCCUCUAAAAGUGACAAGACUGACGAUAGUGUCCUGCACACAGUACUCGCCCAAUUGGUGCUUCCUCAAGCCAACCUUGUCAAACGUAUCCAAUGGUAAAAUAAAGCCGAACACUCUGGUGUUGGGGCAAACAUGUAGAUUCUUCGUUCUUACUUGAAGUUAAAACGUGCAACGUUCCAACCCAAAAUGACCUGUCUCAAAACUUGAUCAAGGUUCUUUUUGACUGAAAAUUGCCUUGUGUAUUGUAUUGCCAAGUGAUUGGACCCUUGCAUAAGGAAGGUAGCUUUCCUGGUGAAACGUUGUUGCCUUUAAAAUUCAAAAAGCCAUGAUAUUAAACAAGCCUAUUGUAUAUAUUUUUAUGUUCUCUAGGAAUCCAACAAUCUUCUUUUAAUUUUUCACAACCGUUACAAAUUUGAUUUAAUUUUCCGCAGAAAAAUAAAUCUCAUCCCAAAUAACUUUUGUUAUUGGCAUUUUAUUUUAUAUCUAAUACAGAAUAGAAAGUAAUAAUGUUAAUUUCUAAGGUUUUAUUUUAAUUGAAUGUCUUAUUCAGUCAGAUGUGCAAUUCUAUGUUUUUAGCACCAUUUGGGCAAAAUUAGAAACCUUGCUUCUCCAUUUUGGGAUAAGACCUAUUCGUACCUAGUAGGUAGAACUAGGUAUAUUUCUUUAUUUUUUUUUUUUUUUAAAGUAGGUGUGCAUUAAGGUACAAUCUUAGCAACUUAAUCACUUCAGCUCACUGUCGAGGUAAUGGUGCCCGGAGUACCGCAGCACCUCCCAUUGUAAGGAGUCAAGUUGUUUUUGAACAGUUUGACUUCUCACCUGUGGUCCAAUGAGAGCCUCUACCAAGCAAUACAACAGACAGCCAGAAGCGCCUAAGCAGGAACUUCAAUUGGCUCUUCUGAACUAAGCUGUGCAGGUCUAGCUCAUUGACUGAAAGCAUAAAGAGAGCUAACCAAAGUUUUUGCUUAGGAGCUUCUGGAUUUCCGGUGUUCGUAGUGGUGACUGAGAGCAAUGCCUAGUGGACACCAGCUAAGAAACCAGACUGUUCAAAAAUGGUUUGACUCCUUACAAUAUUGGAGUGCCAGGAUGCUUAUGGUGCUUAAAGUGUUACAUAAUAUUAUAGGGCUCUACAACAUCAACACGUAUACAGUUUUUCCAGUGAUCUGUCAGUGAAUACCCACGGGGAAGUGUUUUAUUUAAUAAACUAGACAUUAUGGAUCUGCAUAAUUGUAUUUUAGUCGGGAACUAUAUUUAUCAUCCAUACUAUGUUUCCUUAAGUACUUUUACCUCCAGACACAGAUGGAAAUAGAUAUACUAGCAUGUAUUCAGAGCUAAAAGACUUCUCGUAAUGUAAUUAUGCUGAUAAUAGAAUUUCCGAAAACAUUCAUGCUUUACUGAACUAUCAAAUACUACGUGAGAUUUUACAUCCUGGAGGGUUUGGUUGCACUUAUUGCCUGAAAUGCCUAGUUUGUGCAGUUAAAAUUCACAUGCUUUUUUUUUUUUUAAUCUGUAAAUGUGUGUUAAAAUAUAAUGUAAUAUUGUUUAGCAAUUCUGUGAAAGCCUUGGUUUAGUCAUGUACUUUAGUGGUACUGCAGAGAGUUCAGACUUUAUUUGUUAUGUAUAAUGUGAAUGACCUGGCUAGGAUCACCUCAUAUCUUUUAUAAAAAAAUUAGAGUAAAGAAAAACAGUUAUUAGACUUGUAAAUUUGUUUUCAAAUGAGUUGUAAUUUUUGUUGAUCACCAGUUGUCUGAAUGUCGGAAUUCCAAAGUGUUGUAUAGAUGUAACAUGAAGGAAACACUUACCUUCGACAAUAACCUUGGUUUGAUUCAUGAAUCAAAGGUCCGUCUGUGGUGUAAAAAAAAAAAAAAAAGAUGGUUAGAGGACAGCCACUAAAUAAAAUAAUAAAGAAAGUAGAGAGCAGCUUGACCGAACGUUAAAAAUAUGCAACCGAAUGCUCAAAAUAAACAAAACACUCAAAUCUCGACUGAAUUUGAAUGAUAAAAUAGUGCGUAAUAUUAAUUUCCUUGCUGAAUGAAACGUGCUAGGCUAUCCUCCUGAGAAAUGCUUCUUUAUGUUUUGCACUGAUAUGACACUAAUUAUUUUUCUGUUUUUAGCCCAUUUUAAUUAAAGGUAUGUUUUAUACAAUCCCAAAUUGUAUCUAUUUCAUUUAUGUCUACAAAAUGGUGCAACACUAGGUUCCAAAAACUGUUAAAUGUUGUAUACUGUAUAAAAUAAAGUAUCAGAUAGUGGGAGGUAGCUAAGGAAGAGCUAAGACUAUAAUCAGUUAAUGUGUAUCUAAUCAGGCCUUUUUUUUUUUUUUAAAGAUCUCCUGUAACUGAAAUAGACAAAAUAAGAAAUAGCAGAUAAGAGGGAAGGAAUCUAAG